GUGAAAUGAAACAGGUCCUCUGGCUCUAGUGGAUGAGUCUUCCCAUUGUAGUGAUUGCUACUCAUGAUGCUUGCUUCAGCAAGCAACAAUCAGUUAUUCAGCAACUCCAUGCCCGCAAAGGAUGCCUAAUUGUCAUGUGCUCGAGGGGGGAUGCUGCAGCUGUGUCUCUUGGUAGAGCAUGUAGAGUCAUUGAAGUUCCUCAGGUGGACUGUCUUCAGCCUGUAGUCAAUAUAGUUCCUUUGCAGGGUGUGCGAGUUGCAGGCACUCUGGGACAUUUGCAGCUCUGUCAACAUGGACCAAUUGCCACUUCCGGCACAAAGCGCAUAUCCACGACCAUACGAGGCAAAAGUGGCCGUGCUCUUCCACCAUGUAGCCGGUGAAAACGAGACACUCGGACAGACAUAAGUACAAUCUUUUUUUUUUGAACCCACAUGUAAAGUUUUCAAGCAAGACCAAGCAAGAGGACGAUGGAAAGCAAUGCCGAAAACAACAAAUAGGGGAAAGAGUGAAAGGGGCCUUGGAACAACAACGAUGCAAGGGAAGCCACCGAGAGGGAAGCAGCGAGCAUCAUGAGGAUGUGAAAUGCUCGGGCACAACAAGCUGGAGCAAAUGAUAGAUGAGCAACAAGUGCCAAUGAGCUAUAGAACAAAAGACAGAAGAUGGCAACAAAGGUGGUAAAAGAGUGGGUGUCAAAAGGGGACUUUGGUUUCCCUUG